CAGUGGAUAUGAGGUAAAAGAAGGACAUGAUAGACAUGUGGUGAAUUUUAGGCAAAAGCGGUGUACUUGUAGGACAUAGGACCUUACUGGAAUCCCAUGUCCACAUGCAAUCAAGGCCAUGAUUCACAAGAAAAUUGACCCUAUUUCUGAGAUACAUUGGUAUCAUAGCAAGGAGGCAUUCAAGCUAGCAUACAAACACAAGUUGCAGCCGGUUAGAGGCGUACAGUUUUGGACUGUUGACCUUUCUCAGGCCAUGGAACCACUAGCUUUGGUCAAACUUGCCGGCAGACCCAGGAUUAAGAGGGAUAAAGGGAAAGAUGAGGCUCUUAAGAGGCAAGAUGAAUGGAAGCUUUCAAGGAAAGGUAGAGUGAUGACUUGCAGCAACUGUGGAGAGCCAAAUCAUAAUGUUAGGCGCUGUGGCAAGCCAAAGAAAGGCAAGCAACCAGCUAAGAAAAGGCAACCUGCUAGGGGCAAAAAGAGGCAGACUCGGGGCUUAGUUGAUGAAGAUGAAAAUUCCCAAGUUGAAGAAGAAAUCAACUUAACAACCCCCCAACCAACCCAAGACAGUCAGCCCAUGCCUAGUAGCAGCACCCUAUUUCCUAACUUUGAAUAUCCUUCAGUUGAGGAAGAUGAUGAAGACCCUUUUCUAAGGCCCAUAGUGAUUUCUAAAUUUUCCACAAGACUUCAAAUGAGGCAGAAAGCACAAGAACCAAUAGGUAGAAGGGCAAUAAGCUUUAGAGGUGAUCACAAUGGUGUUAGUGAGGCAACCAAUCUUCCAGUCUCAUUAACAAGCUUAACUUGGCAAGGGAAUGAUGCAGUUACUACCAGCCAGUUGGAGGCUAAAGCUCACGAGAGGAUUGGGAAGUUGAAUCCAAGAAAGGGACCUAACAAUUGA